CGCCCCUUGCCGAGAAACCACGCCGGGGCUCGCUAUAAAAGCUCCCGCUGCUCGCUCCCAGCUCAGAAUAACGCCAGACAAGACCGUUUGUUUUCCAUCCCUUCCCCACUGGAAUACACGAGCUCCAUUUGCUUCUUUUUGAAAUAUUUUUGCACCACCCUCCUCCAUCCUGCGCUCGCUCGCGUCACGAUCACGCGUGGAUUAUAACUAUGACUCUUGAGGAGAUCCGCGGACAGGAAAGCACGAUGGAACACAACGAGAGGGUGCAAAGUGCAGGCACGGCACUGGAGGAGCUGCUGCUCGCCGCUAAGAAGCAAGAUUACCUGACAAUCGGCGUGUACGAGUCGGCUAAAGUCAUGAAUGUCGACCCGGACAGCGUCGCCUUCUGCGUGCUGGCCAGCGACCAGGAGCACGCGUGCGACAUCGCCCUGCAGAUCCACUUCACGCUCAUCCAGGCGUUCUGCUUCGACAACGACAUCAACGUGGUGCGCGUCACCGACAUCGAGCGCCUCGCCGACCUGGUGGGCGCCGACGAGGGCGGCGAGCCCAAGGACGCCCACUGCAUCCUCGUCACGAGCCCCAGUGCAAAUCCAUGGAAGGACCCCGCUCUGGACAAGCUGAGUCUCUUCUGCGAGCAGAGCCGCAGCAUGUGCGACUGGGUGCCCACCAUCACCUUCCCAGAACGCUGACUCAGUCACUCGCCCCCCAAAAUCUUGUUGAAGAUGCAUCGACGAUGAUGAUAAGAAAGAAAGUCAAGGCUUCACUUUAAGGGUGUUCCGGGCCUUUCUUCCUCCCGUUUGUCUGGAUUAAUAGGCUGUGUGGCUGGAAUGGAAAGCUCACCAUCUCAUUUCCUCCCCCGCCCCAACCUGCCCGAUCCCUGCUUCCACGUGCAGGGAGAAAGCAACCUUCCAGGCAGUGCAUUCUGGGUCAGGACGUUGUGGAUUAUACCCUGAGGGGAGAAAGACUCAGAAGCCAAUAAAGAGGGGGAGGGGCGGGGGUGGCAACGGACACUUGGGGAGGCGUCGCGAGAGCGAUGACAGCCCACACGAUGAUUGGCGAGAAGACGUCGGCGGUGCGUGGGCACGACUGCAUCAGACCGUGCAGAGGUGGAUGCGAGAAAGUGCGGAGGCUGGACCGGAGCUCAUCAGAUGGGAGUGAUGCUGAUCCGGGACGAGAGUGGCUUAACAAAAUAUAAAAAUAAAAGACUGGACAUUUUCUUCAAGUGCAGAUAUCAAUAGAAAAAAAUAAUCUUGAUUUGAGCUGCGCUUUUAAUGACAUUUUAUGAACUUUGAUGAGCGCUUACUUUCUUGGAAACUGUGCAAGCGAAGCGAAGCAAGCAUUCAUUUGAAUUUGCACACAUUUUUUGUUCAUGAGCUGUGAAUAAAUAUUUGAAAUCAA